AUGGCAAACUCAAAAUGGGAGUAUGUCAAGCAAUUCGAACAGCCAGACCAACUGCUGCCGAACACAUGGGUUGUAGUGAGGAUAGACGGUCGUGGGUUCACCAAAUUUGCCACCAAGUAUGCUUGGGAGAAGCCUAAUGACAGGAGGGCUCUGGAUCUCAUGAACGAUGCUGCGAAGGCGGUCGUGACUGAGAUGCCAGACCUGGUCGUCGCAUACGGCAUCAGCGACGAAUACAGCUUCGUCUUUCACAAGACCUGCACGCUAUUCGAACGGCGAGAGAGCAAGCUGGUGACCACCAUCGUAUCGACCUUUACGUCUUACUACAUCUAUCUCUGGUCUCAUUACUUCCCCGAACGGCCGCUGUCGCCCCCUCUCCCCAGCUUCGAUGGCAGAGCAGUAUGCUACCCAUCCGUGUCCAACCUGCGGGACUACAUGAGCUGGCGUCAAGCCGACUGCCACAUCAACAACCUUUACAACACAACUUUCUGGGCUCUGAUCCUCCGAGGGGGUAUGGACAGCCAGCAAGCGGAGAGGGCACUGGCUGGGACCGUCUCCGGGGACAAGAACGAGCUUUUGUUCACAAGGUUUGGUAUCAAUUACAACAACGAACCCGACAUUUACAAGAAGGGCAGCGUAGUAUUCAGAGACUACGAGCUGGCCGAACCCGGGAGCCACAAUGCUGCCGCGGAAGCAGACAACACUGCCGAGCCGGCCCAGCUAUCCAAAAGCCAGUCCGAAAAGGAGAAGAAGAAACGUGCCAAGGCCAAGGUUGUAAUUGAGCACCUAGACAUCAUCAAAGAUGACUUCUGGGACAAGCGGCCCUGGAUUCUGUCAAACAAGCCGGGGAGGACAAGGCCGCAGACGACGAGGGAAACGAUAUCGUCUCUCGAGGAUUAA